UUGAAAAAUUCAUAAGGGCUAUACUAACUAUGGAUCCAGAGGAGGGCUGAGCCGGGGCCCCGGGUGGCCACCCCCUAGAUCCGCCACUGUAGACAAAUCAAAUCAAUUUGCGAAACACACCCAAAAAUAUCAAGAUGGAAGUAGUAUAUUUUGAACGCGGUAAGAUAUUUUGCGUCGAAGUUGUGGUUUAACGGUGAGUUAAAUAUUUUUUUUUUUACAAAAUUAUUUUGUGAACCAACAUCUUCACAACUAAUAUAUCUACCACGACUUUAAGAUUUAUAUUUUAACAUCGAACAUAUUUUAAAAUCACAACUAAUGUAAUUUUAUGUCGUCUUAUUUUUCUUAAUUGGAUCAUGCAUUAUUUUUCUUUAACUCAAAAUGUAAUAAUAAUUAUAUAGAAAAACGAUAGAUAUACACAACAUGUGUAUAUCAAUUUUUAUUGAGAGAAAAAAAUAUAACUUCAAAACUUAUGGUUGUUGUUAUCUUACCAUUGUCACAUUACGAUCUUAUUAUUAUGCUUACCGCUAUCAACAUACUAUGAUCUUAUUAAUACUAUGAUAAAAUCUUUUAUCGCAAUCUCAUCGAUGAUAUUAGAUCCAAUGAAAAAAAAAUUCCCAAAAUAAUAUCUAAAUGAAUUUUAUUUCUCUAAUCAUUAUCCCUUUGUCUGGUGAUUUAAUAAUUGUAACGAACCACAUUUACACAAAGAUAACUCCUCCAAAGCAAGUAGCUCCUGCAAAAGAAAAAAAAAACUCCUAUCUAAGUUGCUUUCGAAACUUGCUCUCUGGAUUGGUGAGUUGCUAAUAAGAUAUUAAGAAGCAGAUUUUUUUUCUAAAUCCUUAAUUAAGCUGAUAAUCAAACCCAUAUCCUUCGUCUCCAUAUAUUGAAACCUCGAGAUAAAGAUUAGAGAAGAUAAAUUAAGAGAUGGAUUCUGCAGUAUUAGAGGGAAAUAUUACUACUAAUUACGGCGAGAUUAUUGUCACUACGUAUCUUUACCCAGCGCAAGAUGUGUUGCCGACCAUUCUCCCACUCCCGACGCUGCUCUGCUUCGAUCUGAAAUUCCUCUUCCUGCUCUGCUUCCUUGCUUCCACUUUCUUGCUACUACUAACACUGGCCAUGGAGUUCUAUGGAGAUUUUCAUGCACCGGCGCCGGCCGGCUGCCUCUUCUCCCUUCGGUUUGGAAAAGAUAGGAAGAAAAUGAGGUUGGAGAAGGCGGCCGCAGAGAUCCAAAAGGGAGACGAUAACGAUGAAUUUGUGCAUAAAAUUGAGGUAGUGGAAGAUGGUAGUUAACGACGGUGGGUUUUUCAGACCGUAAAUCUGUGUCUUCUCAUGUAGCACCGCCCGCGACUGGAAAUGUGAUCGACGGUUUUUUUUGUAUAAAUCUUGUAAGACAAGUAGUAAAGGUGAAAGUGUAAUACACGAUUCUAAAUAUUUUCUCUAUUUUUUUAAAGAUCGCGACAAAUGGUUUUGGAUUUUUCUUUUUUAAUUUCAUAUCGUGUAUAUUAAAUUCAUAAAAAUCGGUCAAGUUACAUAUAAAUUAUGAAAAUCAAAUUCAAAUAGAGUCAUCCCCUUUACCGUGCUAGUCCACGUAACUUGCCCUGUCAACCGUGUUGACUGAUUUAAAUGCUCAACUUGACCGAUCUCGGCUUCUCAUUAACAAUUGACGCACCAAAUGUGAAACCCUGAUCCUGUUUAAUGUGGAUAUUGAUGUGUUAGAUUAGCAUCUAUUUAUUUGUUGUUGGUGAGGAGAUAUCAAGUUAAUUUGUUCCUUUUCCCUCAUAGUAUGGUCUUAGCUAGUAUUUUUAGUAUGGUUUGUAACCUUUUCUUUUUCAGGUUGAAUUAGGAUUAGACUGACUAGAGAAGAUACUAUUUAUAGUUUUUCAAAAAAAAAAAUCUUCCAAAUAAGGUGAUAUAUGAUAUUUUUGUGAUUAGGUUUUAUUUAGGGGAUUUAAACUUGGAGAUUGCAUAUUCAAAGUUAGUAAUAUUACGUACCACUAGACCAAAUCCUUGUCCGUUAAUCGUUUUUCAAUCUUCGUAAUUUAUAUUUUCUCAAAUAUAUUAAAACGAGAUUCGGCAUUUUUUUUUUUUUACCUCAAAACGUGUAUCAAAAGAUAUUUUGCAUUGUUGGUUUCCAAUCCGUUACCAUUUACCGAAGAACUACGUGGUGGAUGGAAGUGGAACUGAUUCUGAGGAGGAAGAUUCAUGAAGAUGGAAUCACUAGCACAUGAAAGGUGAUGGGUUGGCUUGACGGACGGGUUCCAUGUUUUGCCAAAUUCAGUUUGGACCGCGUGCCAAUGUCAGUCUUUGUGCAGAGAUUACAAGUUUCAAUAGGCCCACAAAAUUUUGAUGGGCCAGACUUUAACCUGGGGACAGUUAAGUUAAUUGUCGUGAUAAGGGCCCGAAGGGAAUUGGGGUGUAGUUUCUCUUUCAACCAUUCGCGAAGGAUCCUACUAGGCCCAGCCCAAGUGCGUGGAUUCGUGACCAUAUCAAUCUGGCUAUCACAAAUGGACUUCAUCUAUGAAAGCUGCUUAAUGAAUCGUUUGGUUGUCGUAAUUGAGAGGGUGAAAAUUGCUUAUGUAAUUGAGCAAAUAUAUCAUCUUGGUUGACGCUUUUUAAAACCUGUUUUAAUUAAUUAUAUUUUCAUCAAGUUCAUAUAUAAUGUCAAAUACAUGGAGCAGGAAAUACCGUUUGCUUCUGUGGUGCACUCACAAAAUGUGCAUUACUAUGCACACAAUUCUGAAAACCCAGUCUUAAAAAUAUCGAAUUUUAAAUUUUUAUGGGUAGCGUUGCUCGAGCAUGAUGGUAUCAUAUAGGAUUACAACCGAUCAAUGCAGUACCCCCAAGUUCUAAACCUUCAAUUUUGAAUCCUUAAAUUCAGAAACAACACGUCCUUCAAAUCAAAGUAAACUUUGAUGAACGAUUUCUGCGCAGAUUUAUAUGCGUUCUUAUCCAUCAUAUCACGGGUGACAUCGUUUUGACAUGAAUCAUCUAUUUCGAAAUGAGACGAAUACAUAGCAUGCCCUAAAAAAAUGAGUGUACCGAAAACAAUACCAAAUAAUAAUACUUAAAAAUUUAC